AUGUGGGAAGGGUUUCACCCUAUCAUCACACCUUAAUCGACACAAGAAGAUCCACACUAGAGAGAAACCCUUCACUUGCACCCAGUGUGGAAAGACUUUUAACUACUCAUCAUGCCUUAAUGAACACAUGAGGAUCCACACUGGAGAGAAACCAUUCACAUGCGCUCAGUGUGGGAAGAGUUUCAGCCGAUCAUCACACCUUAAUGAACACAUGAUUCAUACCGGAGAGAAACCAUUCACAUGCACUCUAUGUGGGAAGAGUUUUGGAAGAAAUUUCGAUCUUAAGACUCACAUGACAAUCCACACUAAAGAGAACACAUUCACAUGCACUCAAUGUGGAAAGAGUUUCAGCCGAUCAUCACACCUUAAUGAACACAUGAAGAUUCACACUAGAGAGAGACCAUUCACAUGCACUCAAUGUGGGAAGGGUUUCACCCUAUCAUCACACCCUAAUCGACACAAGAAGAUCCACACUAGAGAGAAACCCUUCACUUGAACCCAGUGUGGAAAGACUUUUAACUGCUCAUCAUGCCUUAAUAAACACAUGAGGGUCCACACUGGAGAGAACACAUUCACAUGCACUCAGUGUGGGAAGAGUUUUGGAAGAAAAUAGGAUCUUAAGAUUCA